AUGAAAAGUUCCAAGGCCUUGCUCACUGCAACCGGUGUUACUUGUGCUACUUUCCCUACUUCUUCAUCGGCUUGCAUGAUGCGUUUUAUGCGGGCGACGGGGAAUUUUGUGCGGAUUUCGAUAUUAUCUGGAUUUGGAUUUUUGGUCGUCGUAGGAGGAGCACUUGCGAGAGGUGGUUGA